UAAAGGAUGAUUUAGUUCUUUAAAAACAAAUCUGCCCUCCCCCUCAUCUUUGAAAGUCGGUUAAUUAAUUUCUCUAUUCUCUUUGUCUUGAUGAGUUAGGACAAUGUGGUUAGAUGCUGGCUGUGUUUGGCCAGUUGAGGAUUUUCUAAUCCCAGGAUAUGGAACCUUCCUCUGGGAUAAAACUGAACUGUAGGCAAUUUCUGUGUUUUGUCCUUGUGUCUGUGUGGUGGAGAAAGAGGAGUGAUAUGGUCAUAUCAUGGCAUUUUGUGGGGCUUUUGGGUUGUUGCCAGUUGAUAAUUGAGCAGUCUCUGCAUGUGUGGCUGUAGUUUGUGCUUUAGCUGCAGCUAAGCUAGAAAAAAAAAUGUGGAUGGAUCAAAUAGUCUUGCACUGAACAGACAGAGAAAGAUGAGUGACAUAGGUUUGUAAAUGCUCUUUAAAGCUCCAGUCUCUCAAUUUGCUGAGGGUGGUUCUGCUGCUGCAGUUACAUUAGGCAUUGCUGAUUUCAGAGAGUUUCGUGGAAGUGAGCGCUUAAGAGCAGGGUCUUGAGCUGCUGGCUUCCUGGAAACAACUCUUUUAUCAGUUCAUCAACUGCCAGGACUAGAAGAACAAAGAGAAGCUUAAUUUAUGAGAACUGUAAGAAAGCUUACAACAGUUUGGAAUUGAUUGAUUUAUGAUACCUUUGAUAUGUGAGAGCUACAUUUUGUGUCACUAUUGGACAACAGUUGGUGGUGGACUUCAGCUGACUUCAUUGCAGCAAGCCCAACAGAUAGGUCCUCAUCGCUGAUAGAACAUAAACAAGUGUGAUGCUGAAAUGAGAUGAGGCUCCGAAAUGGAACUGUGGCCACCGUGUUAGUUUUCAUCACUACUUUCCUCAGUUUGUCCUGGUAUACUGCGUGGCAAAAUGGGAAAGAAAAGUUGAUUGCAUAUCAACGGGAAUUUCAUGCUUUGAAGGAACGUCUUCGUAUAGCUGAGCAUCGCACUCUGCAACGCUCUUCUGAGCUGAAUGCUAUCUUGGAGCAGUUCAGGCGUGCAGUAGCAGAAACAAAUGGGAGUAAGAAUGCAAUGAAUAAUUUUUCAGAUGAGACGCUGAAAUUGUUAAAAGAGCUAACAAGUAGAAAAUCUCUUCAAGUGCCAAAUAUCUAUUACCAUUUGCCUCACUUGUUGAAAAAUGAAGGAAGCCUUCAACCUUCUGUGCAGAUUGGCCUUGGAAGGACAGGAGUUUCCAUUGUAAUGGGAAUUCCUACAGUGAAAAGAAAAGUCAAGUCUUACCUUACAGAAACUCUCCACUCCCUUAUUGAUAAGCUGUCUCCUGAAGAAAAACUGGAUUGUGUUAUGGUUGUCUUUAUAGGAGAGACUGAUCUUGAUUAUGUUAACACUGUUGUUGCAAGCCUGGAAAAAGAGUUUUCUACAGAGAUCAAUUCUGGCUUGGUGGAAGUAAUAGCCCCUCCUGCAACUUACUAUCCUGACUUAACAAACUUGAAAGAGACUUUUGGAGACUCAAAAGAGAGAGUGAGAUGGAGAACAAAACAGAACUUGGAUUAUUGUUUUCUUAUGAUGUAUGCCCAGAAAAAGGGGGUUUAUUACAUUCAGCUUGAAGAUGACAUCGUUGUCAAGCAGAAUUAUUUCAGCACAAUAAAAAAUUUUGCACUUCAGCUCGCUUCUGAAGAUUGGAUGAUUCUAGAAUUUUCUCAGCUGGGUUUCAUUGGUAAAAUGUUCCAGUCUCCAGAUAUCACUCUUAUUGUAGAGUUCAUAUUUAUGUUUUAUAAGGAAAAACCUAUUGAUUGGCUCCUGGACCAUAUCCUCUGGGUGAAAGUGUGCAACCCUGAGAAAGAUGCUAAACAUUGUGAUCGACAAAAAUCUAACCUACGGAUACGCUUCAGGCCUUCUCUUUUCCAGCAUGUUGGCCUCCACUCCUCUCUAGCAGGGAAGAUCCAGAAACUCACAGAUAAAGACUUUCUGAAACCCUUACUGCAUAAAAUCCACGUGAAUCCACCUGCAGAAGUUUCAACAUCUUUAAAAGUCUACCAGGGGCAUACACUAGAAAAAACCUAUGUAGGGGAAGAUUUCUUCUGGGCGGUCACACCAGUUGCUGGGGAUUAUAUUCUUUUCAAAUUUGACAAGCCAGUCAAUGUAGAAAGGUACUUGUUUCACAGUGGCAAUCCAGAGCAUCCAGGAGACAUACUUCUAAACACAACUGUGGAAGUUUUGCCUUUUCAGAAUGAAGAACUGGUAUUAAGCAAAGAAACCAAAGACAAACGCUUAGAGGAUGGUUACUUCAGGAUAGGGAAAUUUGAAAAUGGUGUAGCUGAAGGAACAGUUGACCCUAGCCUAAAUCCUAUUUCAUCAUUUCGGCUUUCAGUGAUACAAAAUUCAGCAGUCUGGGCAAUUCUGAAUGAGAUUCAUAUUAAAAAGAUUACAAACUGAUCAUGGAAAUCUGCUUUAGAGGAAAAAGGAAGAAUCCUUGAAAACUUUUCCUAUAAAAUCAGACAUCCUUAGGAAGUCACAAAUUGAAAAUACUGAGCAUGCACCUUAUUCCAAAUUUCUUUCAUUUUCACUUGAACUCUACCUCUUGUGAAAUCUACUGUAGAUGAGAAGAUUGUACUUACCCCUUCUUAUCUGAUCCAUCCAGAAACUGAUGCUCUACACUGAUAACGUUCGUCUGAGGCCUAAGUUGUCCUCCACUUUAAUGUGACUUUACCAUCUUAUGGUUACAGAACCCUGCUACACUUAACCUGUACUAUUUUGAUAGUAUAGUAAUAUAGAGAAGUUGUACAUAUUGUUACAUUCCUUGAAGAAGAGAAAAAAUAUAAUUAUUGCUAAAUAUGUUUUAUGAAGGGGGUACUUUCGGAGUUCCAUUUAUUUUCUAUAACAAGAACCCUCUUUUUUAGACUGUCAGGGAUAUAUAUUAAAAAUGUUAGGGAUAUUUAAUUUAUUAAAAUAAUUUGAAAAGUACAUAUUUUUAUGCAGUAAAAUUUUAAAUUGAUAUAGUUUUUUUUAUGAAUUCUCUAGUUUAAGUUAUCUUUCUACAUUUUUCUUUGGAGAUGCAAACAUAAAUUAAUACCAUACUUCAAAUAUACUGCCAUGUUUAAAAAAACUAGAUUAAGUUUCUAAAUUAUGUAGUUUUGUACACAGAAUCUGAAUGAUGUUCAGAGGCAUUAACAGAGUUCUGAAGAGCAUUAUUCUUUGGGGCUAUGAAAUUCCACUAUGUACAGUUUGUAGCCACAUAAAAAGCAUGCUGAAAUGUCUUGUUUCAUAUUAUGUACUAAAUCUGCAGUGAUUUUAGAUUGAAUCCAUUGCAUUUUAGAAGAAUUUUUUCAAUUGCAAACAGUUCUUUCUAAAAAUCUUUGUAGACAUUUCCUAGCCUGGACAGAUUCAUUUUCUGUACUGAAAAAAAAUCAUUCUCCAGCUUUGCUUUGGAGUGACAGAGUAGUUACCUUUUAUCAGAAGUGUUAAGAGUAGUUAAUACAUUUGAUCUACAGAAGCCUUCUUUUAAAGAGAUCAGUUACCACAGCAUUUAUUUUAGAUACAUUACAGUCAGUAGUCAUGGUUUAUUUUUGUUUUCUUCCAUUGUUCAAGAAGCAAGGUUUCAGUUUGACUCCUUUAGUGAUCGGUGUAGUAACUUGCACUAACUUUUAGUAGGAACUGAGUUUGGCCUCAAGUUACUACCCUGCCUUUUCAUUUCAAGGAAAACAACGCUGAUCUUAAAUGAAUCAGAAACUGUGUCAGGAACAGAAAGUGGUUUGGAUUAAAUCCAGAGCAGAAUUGUUGCAGGCAGUACUAAUGCUGCGGCUGCUCUGAUGCUGCUUAGCUGCUUAGGUGUAAAGACACAGGCAUGGGAAGAUUUAAGUCAUCUAGUCAGAAAUGGUCAGGAAGAAGAGAGGCAGAAAUUCCUCUCUUUAAUAGGAACAAAGUGCCUGAUUGACAUUGGAAGGGAGGCAUCUUCCCUGGCUUGGGGAUUCUCAGCUGCGCUGUGAACUAGCCUCCUGGAACUGACAUCUCAAAAGCUGGCCCAGUUUUCCCUGGGAGGAAAGAAAAAAACCUCCGUUAUCCCCAACACAGAAUCAUAGAAUCGUUUAGGCUGGAAAAGACCUUUGCGAUCCAUGGUCAGGGCACAGAUACACAAAACCUGUUGCGGGGUCCCUGAUCUAAAUCUUGAAUUUGUAUCUCCAGGAUGAAAGUUCGACUAAUAGAUUUGGCCUCUUUUUUGUGACAUAUUUAUAAGGAUCAGGAGCCUAAACCUGACUGUCCAGCACUGCAAGCCAUCACCACUGGGAUACAGAGUCUUUUCUUCUGCCUUGUGGGAAAAUUGUGUCGUAGCUUUGACAGUUCAGCAAUUUUCAAGUUUAAGAGCUUAACUACUUCUACAGACCAGAGUCAUUUUGGUUUAGCUGUGCUGUCUAUGGACACAGGGAAGCCAAGAUUUGUACACAGAGGUGAGACCUUCUGUUUAGAUUGACUGGCAUUAUUUGAAGAAAAGCAGAAAGCUACAAGGCAGGCCUUGUUUACUUUUUUCUGGUUGCAUCAGAUGGUGUAAAUAAAACGUUACUUGGAAAGCUCGUCUUGCCCGUACAGACUGUGGGCAUAAGCUAAGCCACUGGCCACAUAAAUGGAGUUUAUUCUUGGAUUUAGAAACAUGGGUGAAUAGGCUCAGAAUCCUGUGUGAAUCUCGCCUAUUGUGGUGCCACAGCCCCAUUCGUUAGAUGUUUAAUGCCAUGCCAUCAAAUUAUUGCCAUGCAAUGGCUUUUUAUUACACAUUAGCUAGUAAAGGUCUAAGAAAAUAUUUAGGUUUUCUUCUCAGCUGUGCCUGUGAAUGAAUGAUGCAAGUAAUUUAAGCUAUAGCUAUUUAUAACAAUUUAGAUUGCAGAAAUAUGUUAGAUAUUGCAGUUUGUUAAUAUAAGUAGUUUUGCUGACGGUGACUUUCAUCUUUUUCCAUGAGUUCAAAAGUUUACUGGUACCACUUAUGUAAGUAAGCUGUGUGCUUAUUCUCAAAGCACCACUGUUCCUGAUGUUUCACAGUGGUUAAGAUGAAUCAUUGCUAAUAUAUUUAAAUAUAUAGAACCCUUACCACAUUGACUGCAGGACUCUGGUUAACAGUAUAUUUUCAUUUUCAAAAAUGUUGAGAUGAUACUUAUCAAGACAACAAAUUAACUAGUGCUUAGUAAAAUAUGUGGGGGUUUUUUUGAAGAUUGUUGCAUUUUUAUUACAUUGUAUUAGCAGGAGUUGGAAAUACUCUGGGCUGCUUUAACACUCUAAAUGUUCCUGAGCUUAUAUGCUCUCUAAAUAAAUGUGCCACAUUAAGACAAAUUAUGUUUUGUAAAUUCAGUUACAUUCAGACCUGGUGUAAUCGGAUAGUUCUGCAGAUUUGCUUGGAAAUUUUGCUGAGAAAUAGAAAAAGCAGGGAAAAUAUUUCCUAUCUAACUAUUUCUGCAGACAACUAUUUUAGGCUUUCUACCUUUCAAAUUCCAAUCCCCAAGUCAGGCUGAAGUGUUGGAAGUCUCCUUCCUGGAAUUAUGGUGAAACAACGCUUCAGCUGUUUGGCUCAACAGCCAUUGGCUUGGGCACUCUUUAUGACUUUGUACACUCCAGAGGGGCUGGUGUCUCUUACACAUCUCAGUCCUAAGUUAUGGUAUUACCACAGGAGUUUCUCAGCAUCUUAAACCUGUUACCUGAUUUUUUGGAAGAUUUUUUCCUACAUGCAUUUAAUUUCAAGUUCUUUUUGUUGUGACCUUAAAAAUCACCUCUAGGCCACUGAGUCUUACAGUAAUCAAAUAAUGGAAAAUGUAUCAAAAUAUACUGCAUUAUCCUGUUAGGCUCCUUCUGAUGCUGUUAAAGCUUCAGAAAAGCGAACUUUUGUGAAACCAAAGGCGUUAGCAGAAACCUUCAUUAUCUGGGCGAAUUAUUCUUAUACUGGAUGCCAGACCAGCUGGUAUGAGUGCUGGCUUUUCUGAGUUGAUCAGAAUUGCUCUGGACCAAGGAAAUACAAGACUGUGAGUAUAAUCUUGCUUUGCUCGUUCAGUGGGUAGUCCUACUGAAAACGUUGUAAAUAAUGUGAACAGGAUGUGAUCCCAAAUAUCCCAAAUAAGCACUUUUUUUUUUUUUAAUUAAUAAGAGUUUUUCUAAAGCACUGUAUAAGGCUUUGCGCUUUUGCGGACAUCUCAACCAUGUAUUUGCAUUGAUAGGAAAUUCUCCUAUAGAUACAUUUGUUUUUUCUUAGCUGAAACAUGGCUUAGAAAAAUUCAAAUGGAUAAAUAAAUUAUUCAUGGACCAAUAAAAGACUGGACUCUCCUGCUGUAUCACCGCUUGUCUGGCUGUUCCAAAAGCAGUUUCUAAAUACCUUGAGUCAGUUUAGAGCAAAGCAGUUUAUACUUUGCCCAUGUGAUACACGAUUCCUUGAAUGGGCUGGAGUGGGGUUAGUCUUUGGCAAAAUCAAACAACUGUGUAACAUCUCUUCUUCAUUUUUUCCAAAGUAUAUUAUAAUUUCAGUAAUCUUUGGUUUUUUUGUUGGAAACAUUUCUGCAGAUGAAGUAUUGUAGUAAUUUGUAAUUUGCUUCCAAUUUGGAAUUAUUUUAGUCUUGAGGGGGAAAAGAAGAAUUGAAUCACUUGAAACUUUGCUCCCCUGAAAUUAACCCUAGGUUCAGUAUUUGUUCUUACUAGGAAGGAUUUAUUCUGAAAAAGCUAAAGCAAGUAACUGUAGUAGAAAGGGGAAAAAAACCCUCUGUUUUUAAUUCAUCUUUACAAUCACCAGCAUAAUGCUGAAAGGCUAUUAAACAACUGGUUUUCAGGCUAGCAUUGAUUGCUGACAUAAGAAACACACAGACCUGAUGAACUAGUCUUUGAGAGUGUCACUUCCCUGACCUUAGUGGUCCCUUAAUGUUUUUGCUGAUUUCUGCUGUAAACAGUAUGCUGCUAGAACUUGAAGCAGCUUCAUUUUGAGAAUGACGAAGCCUUCUUUCAAAGGGACAAACUUUGGUAUCUCUAAAGGGAAGGUGUGCAGGCCCCGAGUCCUUCAUUGAUUUCAGUGGUGUCCUGCCACUGGGCACUAAAUAGGAAGUUAUUUUUACUGUUGAACUGAAGUGGGUGAUCACUGGUGCUAGGAUUCCUGUUCGGGAAAAGGUGUAGUUAGGCCACAGCUGCCUGCAGGACAGGAGCUCGUGCUGUUAGCCAGCGUGGGAGCAGGUCCUGGCUGGAAUCCUUCACCUUCCACGGAUCAGCAGUUCAGUGCUUUCCUUGUUAAAAGGGGAACAUUGCUCAGCAUCUGCUGAGAGGAGGAGACAAUUCUCUUCGAGCCUUAACAGUGGCUGAAACACACAGUACUGUAAGAUGCACUGCCAGCAUAUUUGGUAUUUUAAGAUAAAUAUAGUUUUUCCUUAGAGAUCAAAUUCUAGUAUUGAAAUUAAGUCUUACUGUAACCAGUUUACUCUAGUGUUGUUUGGGAAACUGAAUCCUAGUGCUCAUGUUUCAUACUGAACACUGCUUUGGAAAGUUGUCAUCUUCAUUUUCCAGAAGAUACUGUUUGUGAUGGUCAGUUUAUCCUCCUGCCUUGUGGACUUUACAGCUGCAGGCAUUGCCACAGGCCCACCCUUGUAGCCCAACUAAACUUGUACUCCCCUUCCAUGUUCAUUGACCCGCCACUCGUAAUGGUGGAUAUAGUAACACUCACUGGACUUCUAGAGAUUGGGUUUAAAAACUUGCUGCUAUAUUUGGAAACCUGAUAUGGGUCAUGUUAAUUGUGCCUUUCAUCACUGUUUCUUCUGUGUGCCAGUUGUCCAUGUAUAUUUGAAGUAGUCAUUAAAAUAAAUCUGUUCUCCAAGUUCUUUCAUGAAAGGAGGGGACAGUUCUGUAUCUCGAGACAGGUAAUGUUGCUUUACCAUUGCAACACUCUAAGAUCUGUACCUUCACACAGUCCCAAGGCAAGGUAUUCCAAUAUUGUUCUGAAGUAAAACUGCUUUUUGGUGUCACUUAAAACCCUGAUAAUGUAGAGCUUAUGCCAGUAUGUGCAAAAUAUCUGCAGUAAGAGUUAUGCUAAAUAGACUUGUUGCAGUUAAAUUUAAGCUACAGAGAUGUACAAGUAAAUUGUUUCUAGGAAUGUACUGCAAAAGUAUUUGAACAGAAUUGCUAACAUGUUUACUGUUGUAAAUAUUUUAAUAAAAAAGGACACUUCAAACUUUUUUACACAAUUAUCUACAAUAAAGAGAAAUUUACAAUCAUUUACAAAA